AUGACAGACCUGCUAGAUCCAUCCGACUUGGGGUCUCAGUUAAUAAAUUCAGUACAACGAUUGAAUAGACUCAACCUCUAUCAAUCUGCAAAAUGGUGUGCGGAAGCAUUAAAUGGACUAUCCAAACAGGAAUCAACAGCAGGAAGUAGACCUAAUCAAUUACUAGAAGAAGACUAUAGUGACUAUGACAAGGUUCUACUAGCUCAAUCUUAUUUCCACUGCAAAGAAUUCGACAGGGCAGCACAAGUCUUGGAGGGUUGUAAAAGUGGAGAUGCAAAGUUUCUACGCUUGUACGCAACGUUAAUUUCAAUUGAUAAGCGGUCUACGGAAGAUAGCGAUGGGGUAAUAAAUGUUGGAUCUAAUGAUGCUAAUGUCCUUGAUGGGAGUGGAGCUAGUCUUAACGAUUAUACUGUCAACGAUCAAACUAGAGUGGAAGGAAGUCUUAAUAUAGCGAAUUCUAAAUACAUGAGAAUACUCACAGAGUCAGAGGAGUAUUUGUCCACCAAGGAGGACCCUUUCCUUUAUUACUUGAAUGGAAUCAUUUACCGGAAAAAGAAGAAGACGCAAACAGCUCAAAAAAACUUGUACCAGUCAUUGGUGCUUUUCCCGUUCAACUGGUCAUGUUGGAGAGAGCUAAUAGAUUCAUUUAUAACAUACGAAGAAGCACAGAGUUUUAUUCAAAAGGUGAAGAAAAAGAACGAAUCAUUUGCUAGCACCGUUAUGUUUCAAUUUUUUGAAAUGGUUGUUCUUCAAGAAUCGCAUCAAAGUCUGAGUAGAUUAUUCGAAUUGGUAAACAAUUUACUGAGUCUUUUCCCAAGCUUUACUUUUAUCAAAGUUCAGCAGUUUCUUAUUGCAUACCACAAUUUAGACUAUUAUCAAGCAGAAUCGAUUUUUGAUCACAUAUUGAUUGAGGACCCUUCGAGGUUGGAGGAUCUUGACACCUACUCGAACAUGUUGUAUGUGAUGGAGAAGAAAUCAAAAUUGUCGUACCUAGCCCAAUAUGCAUCCCAAGUGGACAGGUUUAGGCCUGAGACUUGUUGUGUUUUGGCAAACUAUUAUUCCAUGAAGAGUGAACAUGAAAAAGCAAUCAUGUAUUACAAACGUGCAUUAAUAUUGAAUAAAGAUUGCUUAAGUGCUUGGACUCUUAUGGGACAUGAAUUUGUUGAAUUGAAAAACUCUCACGCAGCUAUUGAAUCAUACAGACGGGCAGUUGACACAAACCCCAAAGAUUUCCGUGCUUGGUAUGGACUCGGUCAAGCUUAUGAAGUUUUGGAUAUGCAUUUAUAUGCUCUCUACUAUUAUCAAAGAGCUACAAACUUGCAACCACUGGAUAAGCGAAUGUGGCAGGCAAUCGGGAAUUGUUACGAGAAAAUAGAUCAAUUGGAGGAUGCUAUAAAAUCGUUCGAAAAGGCAUUGACUAUUGGCAAAUUGUCCCCUGCUGGAAAUGGUGAGUACCCACAUGACACCACUAUUACGUCUGCUGAUUUAAACGUGCAUCAUAUUGAGGAUCUGGAGGAAUUCGUUGAACCUCAUAUUUGUUACCGUUUAGCUAUACUAUUGGAAAAGUUGGAUAAUGUUGAGGAUACCUUUAAGUACAUGAGAUUGUGUUUUUCGCAAGAAGCUGAAUGGGGUGUGAGUGAUGAAACUUCAAAAGCUAGAUUAUGGCUUGCGAGGAAAGCUUUGGACAACGGAAAAUUUUCAGAAGCUUAUGAGUUGGCCAAAAAUUUGAAUAACAGUAAUGUGCAUGAUGUCGAAGAAGCUAGGGCGAUAGCACGCGAUGCCAGAAAUCGAAUGAAGAAGUGA